AAGUCAACUGACAGAAACAAGAAGCUCUCGGCUGUUUUUAUGUUGUUGUCCUCGACAGUAUUCUCUAUUCCCCGUUAACGUACAGCCUUUAAACCCUGGAUUUUAACACAAAAUAGACACUUUAUUUACCAUGGGUGCCGGACCGAGCACCGAGUCCGAAAGGGAGCCGCUUCUCGUCCCUUCUCAUGCGGAAACAAUAACAAACAGUGCCCCAGUAAACAGCCGAGUGUACGGCAGAAGAUGGCUGGUUCUCACCCUGUUCUCCCUGCUGGCUCUCAUGCAAGGGAUGGUCUGGAACUUCUGGGGUCCGAUCCAGAAUUCAGCCGUUCACGCUUUCGGUUUCAGCAAGUCUGACAUCGCGGUUCUGGUGCUGUGGGGCCCGGUGGGGUUUGUCCCCUGGCUGUUGUUUAUGUGGCUGAUGGAUAAAAGAGGUCUGCGGGCGUCCCUCCUCCUCUCGGCCUUCCUGAUGCUGUUGGGAGCGGCUCUGCGGAGCGUCCCUCUGACAGAACAGCCUCUCCGGAGAUGGUGAGCCUCCUCCUUCUGAUCAUGAUUCUUUGAGAGGUUUUAGAAAGGAGGCACAGAG